GGAGACCUGUGAAACAUGAAAGUGGCCCCGCUGACUUGCCUGACUCUGGCUGUGGUCAGUUUCAUUGCCGUGGUGACCGGUGGUCGCAACUCGGGUCGCAGGAGGCACAAGGAGGUCCUCCUUGGGGAGAACAGCAAGUUCCAGUUUGGGAGGCGCAUCGAUUACAAGCUGCGGCGGCAGGACAGCACCAAAACUUUUCUGAUCAAAAGUGAACAACUGCUGAGGAUCGAGGAUCACGACUUCGCCAUCAGACCGGGCUUUGGAAAUGCAGCCAUCCCUGUGGGCAUCGACGUGCAGGUGGAGAGCAUCGACAGCAUCUCUGAGGUCAACAUGGACUUCACCAUGACUCUGUACCUGCGUCACUACUGGAAGGAUGAGAGGCUGUCGUUUCCGUCUCACAGCAACCAGAGCCGGACGUUCGACUCCCGACUGGUGAAGAAGAUCUGGGUUCCCGACGUCUUCUUUGUCCACUCCAAACGCUCCUUCAUCCACGACACCACCAACGAGAACAUCAUGCUGCGGGUUUACCCCGACGGGAACAUCCUCUACAGUGUCAGGGCGACUGUAACAGCUCUCUGCUCGAUGGACUUCAGCAGUUUUCCACUGGACACUCAGAACUGCUCGCUGGAGCUGGAGAGCUAUGCCUACAACGAGAACGACCUGAUGCUGUACUGGAAGAACGGGAACGACUCCCUGAGGACAGAUGAGAUCGUCUUGUCUCAGUUCUUCAUCGAGAAUUUUCAUGCCUCCAGCGGCCUCGCGUUCUACAGCAGCACCGGUUGGUACAAUCGUCUCUUUAUAAACUUCAUCCUGCGGCGGCACAUYUUCUUCUUCAUGCUGCAGACGUACUUCCCCACCAUGCUGAUGGUCGUCCUCUCCUGGGUCUCCUUCUGGAUCGACCGGAGGGCCGUUCCUGCUCGAGUGUCUCUGGGUGUCAUAUGUGAAAGCGGUGGACAUCUACAUGUGGACCAGCUUCCUGUUUGUCUUCCUGUCUGUCAUUGAAUAUGCAGCUGUGAACUACUGCACCACUCUGGAGGAGAUGAGAAAGAUGAGGAAGGGGAAGAUCCCCUCCACCUUCAAUGCCAGCCAGGCGAUGGCCUUUGACGGCUGUUUCCAUGAUGACGACAUUGAGCUGACCCCAUUCCCUCGGAUGGCGCCCACGCUGACCACUGACCCCCUGACCACGCCGAGCCAAAACUCGGACAUGCGUCCCACAGAGGGCACCCGGCUGCGGCGGCAGCGGUCGGUGCGUGAGAACGUGGCCCUGCUGGUCAGCAACAGUUACAUGAUUGACUCGUACUCGCGCCUGGCCUUCCCUCUGUCCUACCUGCUGUUCAACACAAUCUACUGGAGCCUGUACUCCUGAUCCCACCCGUCCGGGAGACGCCCAACCGAGUUCCGAGGCCGGACGAAAUGCCAGGGCGCGCACUUUCAGGAGAGACUGAGGGAAAUCUCCUGAGACCCUCGGUCUGUGUUAGACUGUUGAACACAGACU